AUGCCGCCCGCUGAUGCUGAUGAUGCGAAACUCUCUAUCCGAUUCAAAUACGGCAUUCACACAAUCUUCCUCUUUGUUGAUGCUCUGGACACAUUCUCAGCCUUGACCGAAGAACUACUGGGAGCUCUUAGAGAGAGGUACCCCGACGGUCUGACAAGAUCAAGCUCAGCACCAGAGAAGAAAACGCCGAUACCAGACGUGAAUACAAAUAUCCUAUACGGGGUUCUCCGGGUGCCUACCGACCCCUCCCGAGGAUGGAAGGUGCUGAAUGUUGGCGAGGAUGCGUUUGGCAAUGUGACAGAAGCCGGGCUCAAGGACAAUAGCAUCGUUGCGUUUAUGUUUGAUGACGUGAAUCCGCAUAGAAAAGAUGUGGCGUUUCCGGUGGAGUGGCCGCAGGAGGAUGAGGAGCUGUACGAUGAGAGGGCUUGA